AUGGUCAAGUUUGGCCAUCGAGGUCAGUUGACUUCUACACGGUCACGUGUGCUGUUUUCUAACCUCCCAGUGACCACUGGGCGGAGACCCCGUGUUCACCGUGUCACUGACCACCGCGUGCGUGUGUGUAGCACUACCAGCAGUCUGAGUAAUCCACGGAUGAAGGCUGUACUGCUUCUAGCUGUAGCAGCCACUGUAGCUGCUAAAGCAGGCUUUAGUGGUUACGGAUUAGGCGGAUUCGGAGGCGGAUUCGGAGGAGGAUACGGUGGUGGAUUCGGGGGAGGAAUUACUCACUCUGGCGGUGCUUUUGGAGGUGGCGGCUUGUAUGGUGGUGGCGGCUAUGGUGGAGUCUUUGGUGGCGGUGUUUACGGAGUGGUGGACCUGAGCUUGGAGUACAGCGAUUACCACUUCUCGUGGCGUCACGACGGAGGUAGGAAGUACGACUGGUAUACUGCUAACUAUUACUGCUCCAAUCUGGGCUACGGUUGGAAGGGCGUGAGUAUAGAGUCAUACCAAGAGGACAAAAUCAUAUCCAACAUCAUCUAUCAAGACAAGGUGAAGUACAUCUGGACGGGUGGUUACCGUGAAGGAUAUGAUUGGGUCUGGCCUUCCGGCUAUCCCUUCUACGGCCUCAACUGGUCGCUCACUGGAGGUGAGGGAUAUCCCCAACCAGACAACCGUGAGGAUGGGAAGGAGUUCUGCCUGGCAGUCCUGAACAACUUCUACAACGACGGCAUCACUUGGCACGACGUGGCUUGCCACCACGAGAAACCCAUCAUCUGUGAGCGUCGCAGAGAUGGUUACUAUGGCUGAAGAACCAUAUGUGUGACAUGUGUGAGUGACGCAUGACAAUAACUCCGGCCUAAGAGAGCCACAUCACUCCUGUCUUCUGAGACGACUGUAUCGGUUCUGGUCACGUCAGAACCCUGUCCUGUCGAGUCACUAGGACAGAACACUGUCCUACCGAUUAACGUCUGUACUCUUUCUUUCGUUUAGAGUUUUAAGAAUCUAUACCAUUACUUUUCUAUGUAAUUUAACUUC